AUUCAUUCGUCCUGCAACUGUAACGGAAUCAUGACAACUUAUAAAUCUCGCUGAAUAGGGAAUAUUUCAACUGAGCGUUUUCCCUACUUUAGGGGAAAUAAAUGAAAACAAGAGUGACAGAAAUUUUCAUAUAGUAGUUGUAGAAAGCUAAGCAGGUCGGAAUUUUCUGCGUAAAAGAAGAACAGAAAACUUCUUUUUUGUGGAUCGAAUGUUUGUAAAUCUUCGGAAUGAUAACAGAAUUAUAGUAGGAAUUUUUUGUGUUUGUUCGAUGGUCUGCUUAAUUUAGAAUUGCUAAAAAAAAUGGUGAAACCUAUGAUGCCGGAAAAUGCGCUGUUUCCUGAUAUCUUACCUAUAAGAUAACACUUCAGGAACUGUGAGACACCACUUUUUACUUUCCUUUCUUUGUUCCAACUAUGAAAUAUUUCGAUGCUGAAAAUGGAGCUUGGAAAGAAGUGGUCCCAGAAGACAACCAUCGAGAGGUGGACGAGAUAUCUAUGUCCUCCACUUCCAUGGCUGGAGAUCAAAACAACCACCGAGGUUUACAUCGCAGUCGCCACUCUCUGAAGAGUGUUGGGACAGAUGGCGGGACAGGAUCGGGUAUUGUCCGUCUGACGAGGGGACUGUCUACCCGGCAGAGGAAGAGGGUGGUUCUCAAAAAUGGGACAGUCAAUCUUUCUAAAGAGCAUGUCAGCAAGAGGAGGCAGAGAUUUCUUCAGGACAUAUUCACAACUAUGGUGGAUAUACAGUGGAGAUACAACUUAAUGGUAUUUGCUAUGGGCUUUCUACUCAGUUGGCUGGGAUUCGCUCUUAUCUGGUGGCUAAUCUGUCUUUCACAUGGUGAUUUUGACCAUUUCGGCGAAGAGGACUGGACACCCUGCGUGUCGGAAGUUCACGAUUUCGCUACAGCAUUUCUGUUUUCAGUGGAAACUCAGCACACCAUUGGUUAUGGAUCUCGAUGUACCAGCGAGGAGUGCCCCGAAGCUAUCUUCAUCAUGUGUGUACAGUCCAUUACGGGAGUCAUGAUCCAGUGCUUCAUGGCUGGGAUCGUCUUCGCCAAACUAUCGCGUCCCAAGAAUAGAUCCCAGACACUCAUGUUCAGCCGUUACGCUUGCGUCUGUCUUCGAGACGGAAAACUGUGUUUCAUGUUCCGAGUAGGAGACAUGCGCAAGUCUCACAUCAUAGGAGCCACCAUCAGUGCUUUGGUCAUUCGAAGGAAAACAACAGCUGAAGGAGAAGUAAUUCCUUAUUAUCACACAAUUUUGGACGUCCGUUUUGACAAUGGAGGUGACUCCGUCUUCUUGAUUUGGCCGGCAACCAUUGUCCACGAGAUCAACGAAGAAAGUCCAUUUUUCCUUAAGUCUGCAGAAGACAUGUUAAGAGAGAGAUAUGAGGUAGUGGUCAUCCUCGAAGGUACGAUUGAAUCUACUGGACAAUCAAUCCAAGCGAGGUCCUCUUAUAUUGCAACAGAAAUUCUAUGGGGACAUCGCUUUGACCAGGUUGUAAGCUUUCGAAAGGAAACUGGCGAAUACCUGGUGGAUUACAGCAAAUUCAAUGCGACCAACGAAGUUCAAACUCCACUAUGCAGUGCCCGUGAUUUCGUGGAAUACCAAAAGAUGCUAAGCGAAGUGGCCAAAAACCCUUCCCUCAUCCUCCAAAGGAGUAACUCCACACCUGCUGGGAGGGUCAGUGUUCCAGAGCCAACACCUGACAUGCCACUCCUAGAAGAGGACAUCAACUCAUAACAAGUGAAAAUGUAUGUAGUAUGAUAGUGCAACACUGGAUAAUGUUUUGCUCUAUUCUUAGUUUCCAUCCAGAUUUCUUUUAUGGUUAAGAUUCAUAAAAUAAAUACUAGUUUAC